CAUUGCACUCUUAUCUCAAUAUUACUUUAAAAAUUUCAGUGAUUUUUGUCUUUUAUUAUUCAAAUCAAUGCGAGAAAUAGUUUUUGGUUUUGUCUCACAAACAGUCGAUUAAAAUGAAAAGAAAAUUUUAUUAAUAAUUUGUGCCCAAAAAUAAUAAAAUAUUUGCAAAAAUUAACAUAACUUUGGAUUUGGUCUCAAAAUUAUCCCCAAAUUAAUGGCACUUUUAUUUCAAAGCAAAUACCAUUGCAUUCAAAGACAGUCCAAGAGAUACUUCUGGCAGUGGAUGAUCAAUGUGUUCAAUAAACCUGAUCCGCAGCGCCUCCAAGAGGUGGGCGCCGACAGAGCGGCCGCUGAGUGGCUCAUCAAAAACGGUGCGGCAGUCAAGUGGACUGAUAGUCACCAUUGGGUCAAAGACUACGACCUCUUGGAGUACGAUGUGACCAAACGCAGCAUCAAAGAGAUCGACGCCACCAACUCGUCCAUCACCCACAUUGGCUUCCCUCACCUCAAUGGUUUGCACUCUUUGGACACAUUUGUCAUCAAAAAUAAUGGAUAUAUUGAAGACAACGCCAUUGAGAUAAAUCUCAAACAUCUUAAGCUUUUUGAUUUGCCGUCAGUUAAAGACAGAGAGAAGUGUUUGAAAGAUCUGAAGAGUGGUCUGAAGUGCGAAAUCGAUUGGAAAGAAGCAAAACCAAAGAAAUUGUUAUAAAAUCAUGACUUAAUUGCUGUUGUAUUUACAUAAUAGUUAUGUUUUAUUUUAAGUCAUAUAAUUAGCCAUGUAAUAUUCAUUUGACCCCUAAUUGCAUAUAAUUAAACAAUAAAUUGCCUUAAUUACAAAUAGUUAAAAAGCAUUAGUAAAACUCAUUAUACGGUAUAAUUUUGAAAAAAAUUCAUUUCAAUGUUUGAACACAUAAUUAGAGGCAAUAACAGUAAAAAGAGACAACAAAAAGAG